UUCUGUUGUGGCUGUAUUGAAUUGUGCUUGUGCCUGCCACCUGCAUGUAAUACUGUUCCUGAUUCCUGCUCUACUCCUCCACCCAACACUAUUCCUAAUUCCUGCCUCAGCUUCUGUUCCCCCUGUGCUCCUCCUCCAGGCUUAAUCCUUGCUUCUCCUCCAGUUGCUGCCCUUAUGCCUCGCCCCUGAUCCUCAUUUACCAGUCCUGGCUCUGACCCCAGCCUCCAAUUUAUGACUCUGGCUUGACCCUUGUCUCUGGCAUUUGGUAUCUGACCUUGGCUCUGACUUUCAGCUUCAAUUCCUGGCUCUGGUCUCACCCUUGGCUCUGGUAACUGGUAGUUGACUCUGGUGCUGACCCUUGGCUUUGUUCCCUAACCUGGAUGCCUGCUCCACCACUAGACCUGACUCCUGCUCUGACUGCUAGACAAGACCACCUGCCUCCUGGUCCAUAACACUCAUCAUCUUGCCACAAAUGGAUUAAUGGAAAGGCUUAUCCAGACAUUCAAGCAAGCGAUUUGCGCUAUGGUAGUUCACAGCACAAGAGAGACCAGAAGAAAAAAAAAUCCUGGUGGUUUUUACUCCUGGAUAAAUGGUGAACAAAAGAGAUACCACUGGUCUUAGGGAAAACUGGAAUCCUCCUGGGACUUGCUUGUAAUAACUGAUGUGUGGCUGCAUUAUUCUGGGGGUCUCUAUCUGGAUGCGUGUAAGCAAAGCUGCUCAGGAGGAUCUCAAUUUAGAUAGUAGCCUGUUUUCAGCUGUUGACCUGAUGAUAGCAGUGGGCUCCAUCAUUAUGGUCCUUGGUUUCCUGGGGUGCUGUGGUGCAAUGAAGGAAAGUCAGUGCAUGCUGAUCUUGUUUUUUAUUGGACUGCUUUUGAUCCUGAUUCUUCAGGUCGUAGCAGGUAUUUUGGGAGCAGUGUAUAAGUCUCAGAUAGAAACAACACUUAACAAGACUCUUUUCGAGGAGGCAAAGAAGUUGCAAGCUGUCACUCAGGAUUCUCAAGUAUUUCAAGAGAAGUUUCAGAAGUUUGAGAAAAUGAAUCAGUGCUGUGGUUUGGUGAAGGGAUAUGAAGACUGGGGAAGCAAUUUUAAUUCUCCUUAUGGUAAUUUUAAGAUCUGUGAGUGUGCACAGAAAGACCAAAAUACAGAUCUCUGCAUCUUUUAUUCUAACAGAUAUAUUUAUAAAAAGCCUUGUAGCGUUGUGGUAAUUGAUUUCUUCAAACACCAUAUGGUCAUACUCAUGGGGAUCGCAUUUGGACUGGCAUUUAUUGAGAUUGUUGGUUUGGGGUUUUCGAUGAGCCUGUACUGUCAGAUCCAGAGAAAAUGAAACAAUGGAAGUGUCAGAACUAUGUCCUCAGCCAAAUCAAAACUUGUAUAGUUAGAUAGGUAUUUGGCUUGCCACAUUUAAAUAAAUACACACAUGUCACAAGCAGCUGUUUUGAUAAAAGCAGCA